AUGGCACCACCUGCCAUUAUCGCCCCUUCCAUUCUCAGCGCCAACUUCGCUGAUCUAGGCCAUGACUGCUCCAAGAAGAUGGAGCAAGGUGCCGACUGGCUUCACGUCGACAUUAUGGACGGCCAUUUCGUACCAAAUAUGACCAUCGGAUGUCCUGUCGUCUCCCAAAUUCGUGGCUGCGUCGACCGCCCCUCGGAACCCUGCGGUCGUGGAACUUUCGAUUGCCACAUGAUGAUUAUGGAGCCCCACAAAUGGGUUCACGAGUUCAAGAAGGCUGGUUGCGAUCUCUACUGCUUCCACUACGAGGCGGCUGUUUCCUCCGUCGCUGCUACCGACCCUACCGAUAAAGAGACUACUGCUCGCACCAGCCCUAAGCAAUUGAUUCGCUAUAUUCAUGAGGAGGGUAUGCAGGCUGGUAUUGCGAUUAAGCCGGAUACACCCGUUGAUGUAUUGUGGGACAUUAUUGAGAGCGAGGAUCCCGCGGAACGACCUGAUAUGGUCCUUGUCAUGACUGUACACCCCGGUUUCGGAGGGCAAAAGUUCAUGGCCUCGGAGCUUCCCAAGGUCGCCGCCCUGCGCAAACGGUUCCCCGAUCUUAAUAUCGAAGUUGAUGGAGGACUUGGUCUGGGCACCAUCGACCAGGCUGCUGAUGCAGGCGCCAAUGUGAUUGUUGCGGGUUCAGCAGUCUUCGGUGCCCAGGAUCCCGGCGACGUCAUUGCGAAGUUGCGCGAGGCGGUCGAGAAGCGUCGCGGAGCGGAGAAAUGA